UCCUCACUUUUCGCACUUCGCCUCCUAGAGCUUUCACCGGUCAAGUUCCUUAUCUUCGCUAUCCAGCCCUCCGAGUCAAGUAAGUUCCCCCUUCCUUCUCUUUUUUCCUUCCCGGCCAUGUCUUCGUUUAGUGAUAGGAUCUCGUCCUCAGAGGACUGCUCCUCUGAGGAUUCCAACUCAUCUUCCUCGACCGGGUCUUCUUCUCGUGAAUCUACGCCCGGUCAGGUUCCCAACUCUUCCAUUCCCGACCCGCGUCCUGUAAACCAGGUGCCCGGUGAAACUUUCGUGGGGAAGGAUGACCCGGUCGAUGACGAACCGGGCCCCUAUGACCCUGAACACGAAACCAGGGAUGCAUGGGAGGAGAGGCUUCAUGCCGCCGGUUACUUUCCGCUCCCCACCUUCUACGUCCUCGACAUACCUUCCCGUGAAUCUAAAAUUGCCUUAAACAAAAUCCGUAGGAGGCUCCCGGAUGGGUAUACCCUCCUCUACGAACCUAACUGGCCCAAUAUCGUUGAACCCCACCGGGAGGAUAGGAUAGGGUUUCAUACCAUUUCCCUGGACGCGGGCAUAGUCUUUCCCCCUCGCUCCCUCCUCAUUGAAGAAAAGUUUGUUUUCAUCGAGUUUCCCCCCUUCUUCACUCCUCUGGCCGGUCUGAAAUGGAAUGACCAUCUCCUUGACCAAGAGUACGCUGCACCGGCUUCCUCCCCUGACUUGGAGGCGAGUCUUGAAGUUCUCAUGCGCGGGGAUCCUUACACCGGGAGGGUCUUCCACUAUGGCAGCUGGGUCUGGAGGGUCGAGUCGGGUGGUGAGGGUACCUCCCCGGCCCAUGAAGCAGCGGGGCGCGGGGUACCCUCCCCGGGCAACACUGCAGAGGCUGAGGGCCAGAACCACCCAGAUAUGGAGUUCGAAGAGUUUGCCAUCCCUGAUGACCAACCGGCGGGGGAGACCGGGGGCUCCCAAGCCAAUCCUUCCAAAACCUUCCCGGUCCAUCAGGAGACCGUGGAGAUUUUGGAUGAGGACGAACCCCAAGACAACCGGUCCAAGGGGAAGGAGAAAGAUAAAACCGGUCGCCGGACCAAGAAGGUGGCCACCACGCACCCAUCUUACGCCAAGAAAAGGGCAAGAUCGGAUUCUGAGCCGGCUGGCCAGACCGUCGAGGAGGCCUUUGUCAACCUUGGGCUGAGGCUGAGGGAGGUUGGAGAAAUCGGCCCCCUUACAGCUGACCGGCUGGGGUUUGGCUCUUCUUCGGAACUUGCCCGGCUGAAGAAGGAGAAAGAGGAGAUGGCUCUCAUCUUGAAGAGUCAAGCUGACGAGCUGACCAGGCUGUCUGGGCUAGCCGGGUCUAUGAAGGUGGAGAUCUCUCAGUUGAAGGAAGAAAACUGCCGGUUACUCGACGAGGUUUCUGGGGCGAAGCAGGAGAUAUCCCAGAAGGAGAAAGACUUCCCCGGUCGUGCUGCCGCAUGGGUGGGAGAGAACAAGGCUGAAGCCGCCCGGGUGAUGACGGCUAGCCCGGAAGCUACCAUGGAGUCCUUCAGGCUUCUUUACCGGGAGCCUGAGGGGAAGAAGAUGAUCACCGCUAUUGGGUCCUUCGGAUUCAAGAGCGGUCAGAAGAAAGACUGGGCUGCUUCUCAUCGGAUCUUGAAGAAAAGGGACCAGGACUUUACUGCAGCUUCAUACGGCCUGGCUCCCAUCCCGGAGGAAGAGCCUACUCCCCCAUUUCCCCUUGAUUGAUCUCCCCGGCUGCGCCCGGCUGAACUAUUUUAUGUAAACUUCGAAUCCAUUUCCCCGGGAAUGCCUGGUGUACUUGUAAACACU